AGGGAGAGGACGGGCUGCUCCCCUCCCUCGCCACUCCCCUGCCGCCGGGCUCUGGGAUGGUGUGGGCUCCUGACGGUGUGGGACGCACCGGUGAAAGGCUGACGGCGGCGCCGGCGGGCCCCAGGCGGCCCGGGCGGGCAGAGGCGUGCCCGGCGCUAGGACCCAGGAGGACGCGAGGCGGCUCUUCGGGCCAGAUUACAAAUUCGCUGUGACUCAGUCGGCUCGGUGCGAAGCACGGCGGGCGACGGUGGGAGCAGCAAACCAAGAUGGAGUACGAGUGGAAGCCCGACGAGCAGGGACUCCAGCAGAUCCUGCAGCUACUGAAGGAGUCCCAGUCCCCCGACACAACCACGCAGAGAGCCGUGCAACAAAAACUAGAACAACUCAAUCAGUAUCCAGAUUUCAACAACUACCUGAUUUUUGUUCUUACAAAGUUGAAAUCUGAAGAUGAGCCAACACGUUCCUUGAGUGGUCUCAUCUUGAAGAAUAAUGUGAAAGCACAUUUUCACAACUUUCCCAAUGGGGUGACUGACUUUAUCAAAAGUGAAUGUCUGAACAACAUUGGUGAUUCCUCCCCCUUAAUUAGAGCUACUGUAGGCAUUCUGAUAACAACUAUUGCCUCAAAAGGGGAAUUACAAAACUGGCCUGAACUCUUACCAAAGCUUUGCAGCUUAUUGGAUUCUGAAGAUUACAAUACCUGUGAGGGUGCUUUUGGUGCUCUUCAGAAGAUAUGUGAAGAUUCUGCUGAAAUUUUAGAUAGUGAUGUAUUGGACCGACCACUCAAUAUCAUGAUACCUAAGUUCUUACAGUUCUUCAAGCACAGCAGUCCAAAAAUAAGGUCUCAUGCUGUCGCAUGCGUCAAUCAAUUUAUCAUCAGCAGAACUCAAGCUCUUAUGUUGCACAUAGAUUCUUUUAUUGAGAAUCUUUUUGCACUGGCUGGUGAUGAAGAACCUGAAGUACGCAAAAAUGUUUGCCGUGCUCUGGUAAUGUUGCUGGAAGUUCGAAUGGAUCGUCUUCUUCCUCAUAUGAUUAGUAUAGUUGAGUACAUGCUUCAAAGGACCCAGGACCAAGAUGAAAAUGUGGCUUUGGAGGCUUGUGAGUUUUGGCUGACUUUGGCUGAACAGCCAAUUUGUAAAGAUGUAUUAUGUCGGCAUCUUACUAAGCUCAUACCUGUGCUGGUAAAUGGUAUGAAAUAUUCAGAGAUCGAUAUUAUUCUGUUGAAGGGAGAUGUUGAAGAAGACGAAGCUAUUCCAGAUAGUGAGCAGGACAUAAGACCUCGUUUUCAUCGCUCACGGACAGUGGCUCAGCAGCAUGAAGAAGAUGGUAUUGAAGAUGAUGAUGACGAUGACGAUGAACUUGAUGACGAUGACACUAUAUCUGACUGGAAUUUAAGGAAAUGUUCUGCUGCUGCUCUAGAUGUCCUAGCCAAUGUGUUUCGUGAUGAACUUCUGCCACACAUCUUGCCCCUUUUGAAGGAAUUGCUCUUCCAUCCCGAAUGGGUCGUUAAGGAAUCUGGUAUCCUUGUUCUUGGAGCAAUUGCUGAAGGCUGCAUGCAGGGUAUGAUUCCAUAUCUUCCUGAGCUGAUCCCUCACCUUAUUCAGUGCCUCUCCGACAAAAAGGCUCUUGUGCGCUCCAUUACAUGCUGGACUCUAAGUCGCUAUGCACACUGGGUCGUUAGUCAACCCCCAGAUACAUACUUGAAGCCAUUAAUGACUGAGUUGCUAAAGCGUAUCCUGGAUAGCAACAAGAGAGUACAGGAAGCUGCCUGCAGUGCCUUUGCUACUCUAGAAGAGGAGGCUUGUACAGAGCUUGUUCCUUAUCUUGCAUAUAUACUUGACACUUUGGUCUUUGCAUUUAGUAAAUACCAGCAUAAAAACCUGCUCAUUCUUUAUGAUGCCAUAGGAACCCUAGCAGAUUCUGUAGGACAUCAUCUAAAUAAACCAGAAUAUAUUCAGAUGCUAAUGCCUCCAUUAAUCCAGAAGUGGAACAUGCUGAAGGAUGAAGAUAAAGAUCUAUUCCCUUUAUUAGAGUGCCUGUCGUCAGUUGCUACUGCCUUGCAAUCUGGCUUUCUUCCAUACUGUGAACCUGUGUACCAGCGUUGUGUAAAUCUGGUGCAGAAGACUCUUGCACAAGCCAUGUUGCAUAAUGCUCAGCCAGACCAGUAUGAGGCUCCAGAUAAAGAUUUCAUGAUUGUGGCUCUUGAUUUACUCAGUGGUUUAGCUGAAGGUCUUGGUGGAAACAUUGAACAGCUAGUUGCUCGCAGCAAUAUCCUGACACUAAUGUACCAGUGCAUGCAGGAUAAGAUGCCUGAGGUACGGCAGAGUUCUUUUGCGUUGUUAGGUGAUCUGACAAAGGCGUGUUUUCAGCAUGUUAAGCCUUGCAUUGCUGAUUUCAUGCCAAUUUUGGGAACCAAUCUAAACCCUGAAUUCAUUUCGGUGUGUAACAAUGCCACUUGGGCGAUUGGAGAAAUCUCCAUCCAGAUGGGUAUAGAGAUGCAGCCUUAUAUUCCAAUGGUGUUGCACCAGCUUGUAGAAAUAAUUAACAGACCCAACACACCAAAGACGUUGUUAGAGAACACAGCAAUAACAAUUGGUCGUCUUGGUUACGUUUGUCCUCAAGAGGUGGCCCCCAUGCUACAGCAGUUUAUAAGACCCUGGUGCACCUCUCUGCGAAACAUAAGAGACAAUGAGGAGAAAGAUUCAGCAUUCCGGGGGAUAUGUACCAUGAUCUCAGUCAACCCCAGUGGAGUAGUCCAAGACUUUAUUUUUUUUUGUGAUGCUGUUGCAUCAUGGAUUAGCCCGAAAGAUGAUCUCCGAGACAUGUUCUGUAAGAUUCUUCAUGGAUUUAAAAAUCAAGUUGGGGAUGAGAAUUGGAGACGUUUCUCUGACCAGUUUCCUCUUCCUUUAAAAGAGCGCCUUGCAGCUUAUUAUGGGGUUUAACAUCAUGCACUGUAGCUGCAGUCCCAUAAUUGGAGGUCCUUCAGUCUGGGAGACUAUGAGGGAGCCUCUGCACCCAGGGAAAAUGUUACCCUUUACUGGGGGGAAGGGUAAACCAGUAGGGAAUACAGUACAAUCCCAACCCUACUGGGAGGGGCGGGAGGGAGGUGUUGCCGUCACUGUAUUAAGUCGAUGUUGGGAAAUGUUUUAACAUCUGGAGCCUUUGUGGGUGGAAAUCUGUCUCCUAUUACAACUCUGCACUGGAUGUGAAGAAGAAAAAAAAAAAAAAAAAAGAAAAAAAAAGAAUCUAGUCACAAAACAGCACAUUGUGGAAUAUUGUGGGGAAUUGUACCAAAAUAAGAACCAUAUAGUUGAACCAUGGGGAUACAUAAAGAGGAAAACUAUUUUGCGCACAAUAAAGGAAACCUAAGAAUGGGGGUCACAAGCAGUAAAAGGCUUUCUUUUUUAUUUUGUGUUUUUUUUUUUUUUUUUUAAGUAAGAGUUUUCUACGUUAUUUCAUCACGCUUGAUGGGAUUCCUAGGUAUUUGCAUGUUAAUGAAGAACUACACAAAUGAAGUUAGUACAGAUAAAGUGCAGCUUGUGUCUGUAUUAGAAGCAGGAAACCCCAUCAUAAAUUAAUAAAGGUUAACUUGGACAAAAGGAAGCAACCUGCAAGCUGCCAAAUAAGUCACUCCUUUCAUUUUUAGGAGAAGGGGAGGGACACUUCUGUAGGAAAGAUUGACAUCUUAAUUUUUACAUUUAAAAGGUAAUUAAAGUAGUGGAUAUGAUUUGAUUAUUGUACUUCAUUAGAUUUAAUUUCUAGAGUAAGGCAUUAUUCUUAACGUGCAGUUUAAGGUUCAGGCAUGCAUUCUGGCUCAUAGUGAUCAGAAGUAAUUUAAAUUAGUGGGAAAGUAGCAUGCUUGCAUCACAUAGAGUGAAAUUGGUAUACAUUUACCUAUGUUGCGCCAGUUUUGUGUUGCAGUUUACCAAUUCAAUAUAGCCCUGCAUUUAAAAUUUCUUUUUAAGAUUCUGUGGAUUUCAUUUUUGUUAAGAAUAUAGGUAUUGUAUGCAGUAUAAGUACUGUAGUUAACAAUUAGGCCUUGAAAUACCUUUUUAGGAUCUUUUAAGAUUAAGAUUGAUAUUGUAUUGUGUGUAACCUGCACAAUGUGGAAAGCUGAUAUAGCUGUGCAAAAUAUUUGCCUCUGUGCUGUCAGUGUGAUGUGCUUUCUGCAUGGUUAUAUACUAGUGAUUUUAUCAGAAUCUCUAAAAAUGAGUUACAUGGUAAGACCCGUUAAAGGCUGCAUAAAUGUUAGUUGGCACGUAAAGACAAUUGUAGAAGUUGAUAACGAUUGCUAUAUUUGUGUUUAUUCUCACUCAACAUAUUACCUUCUACACUUUCUUUUUGUUCGAAGCAUGAUCUUAAAGAGAUGUUUAAGUUAAUGGAUGUAAUGCAGGGUAUUUACACUGUAUUGGCGCAUGUUGGUGGCCCUUUGUGAUGUAGUUAAAUGCACAAGGGUGCAAGUUUAAAGCUACAGAGUGAAAGUUGGUUUGGAUCCUCUUCAUUUCAUUUGUUUAGCUUUUCUGUUGUGUUUUUUUUUUCUCUACUUAUAUGUAUACCUGUGAAUAAAUCCUUGUUAAGUUAACACUUUACUUUUCCUUCCAUGUGUAUUUUCUUAUGUACUGUGAAUGUGAAAUCCUAACUGGUACACUUGAUCUUGUGUCCAUCUGAAAGUGGCAAGUCUUUAAUAAUUUAGAUUGCCUAAAGAGUAUCCCAUGAUGAUAAAGGAAAAUGGAGAGAUUUUUAACUCUGCUGGUCAGAGGUGAAGCCACACCUUUCCAUUUUUCAAGUGCUGCAUAAUUAAUCUGCAAAACAAAAUUAAGCCAUAACAGCCUUUUUGUAGAUUUUUUUCUCACCUUUACAUUGCAGAAUGAAUACUGGAUAAGAGUUUUGGGGUUUUUUUGUUUGGUUGAUCUUUUUGUUUUUUAAGAACUUGCUCUUCUUUGCAUGGUUCUGUUCUUUGGCUGUUGAAUGAGUUAGCCAUUGCACUGAAGUUUGAGCUGUGUGAGUGUGAACUUAUAAAUGCUGUUCAAAGAAUUUGGAAAUUUUUUUUCGCAUGAUAGCAUGCAUGUUUUACGUGACUCCCACUCCCUCUUUUUUUGGCAUUGCAAAUUUGAAUGGAUUAUGUCUGAAUAAUAGUUUGGACAGAUUACUCUAUGGAGUACAUUCAGUAAUGCUAGUACAUAGUAUUUAUUCCAUUUGGUAGAAAAUGCAUGUGAUAACUUGCUUUCAGAUUACCUUGGUUUAGUAGCAAGUAUGAAAUUUCUUCUUAACUAAUAACUCUGAAGUAAAUUAGUAAUAGUCACUAAAAACAUUUUAAAACCAAAUUCUGGAAGGAAAAAAAAAACCCCAAACCUUUAAAAUUUAGCAAGGUGAAAUAUUAUUUUAGACAACAAACUUUCUUUAAUUUGGAAUGUGUUUGAACACUAGGGAAGAGUUUCAGAGAAAUUACAGUUUUAAAAUUGUACCUACUCAAAUAAUACUGUAGCAUCACAGGUAGAAUCUGAGUUUAAACUUCUUAAAUUUCAGAAAGCCCCUUUAACCAAGUAAAACCACUCCACCUCAGAUUAGCUUGGGAUGCCACCUUUAUAUAUACGUAUUUUAAUAGGAAUCUGUACAGAUGUGAACUGAUCUGGUAUAACAACAAGGAAAAUAAUUUAAAUGAGGCAGUAAUAAAUAGUACUGACAAAUAGUCUUUUUCUAUCAGUAAUUUCUCUCAUGUUAUAUUUUAAAGCAAGUAAACCAUAUUCCUAAUGCAUAAUAUAGUGCAGAGAUUUGCAGAAGCCAUAUAGGGUAUAAUGUGAGGUAAGAAAAGUUCUGAAUCAGCAUUAACAUUUAUAAUUCAAUUAUUGCAUCAUGGGAUAUAUAAAAAGCAUCUUAAUUCUUGUGAUGUAGUCUUGACUGUUUUUGAAUGUUGACUGAAUGUUUAUACUGGUAGAAUUGAGUUUGUCUUUGUUACAUUCCAGUGUUUCUGCCUCUUGGCAUGCUAAAAGCACGGCUUACUUCAUUUGCUCCUUACACACUGAAUAAAGUGCUGUUUGUGUGCUAAACUACAGAAAUAGCCGCUGCUAAGUAAUGGUGUAGAUUUUCUACUUGAAUAUUUUUGUUGUAGGAACCUCAGGAGGUCAGUGUUUACUGUUUUUAUAUAUGCCUUUUUCCUGUUUUGAGUUUCCCUUUUUUGAAGGAUUGUGAGAGUGAACAAAAGCUGCUGAUCAACCUAAGUUGGUAACAGAAAGUGUAUUUAAAAUCCUUAUAAAUGCAUCUUUUUGGCAGUUCAGAAUUACUGUUAAAUUAGUCUUAAGUGAAGUUCAAUACUACAUUUUUUUCAUGAAACAUUCAGGAAACAACUUGUUUUGUUUAGGGAAAAAUAUCACAAUUGUUCAUUAUUUUAACCAGUGCAAGCAGAAAUAAUCAAUUUUGUAAUUUUUUUCCAAAGCUUGAUUAUUUUCUAAAUCAGUGAAUAUGUAUAUAUUUAAACUGUAGUAAGUUAAUUCUUAUGUUUGAGUUUAUUGCUCCAUAAAGCUUGUACUCAGAAGAUCACUUUUAGAGGAAUGGGUUUAAAAUUUAUAAUAAUUAUAACUUUUAAAAGUUAUGAAGUAGCAUAAAUUUUAUAACUAACAAUAUUGAUACACACUGUGAUUUUUUUUGUUGUUGUUGUUAGGACUUUUAUGUUAGCAUCAAUCUUAAUUACUUAAACUGCAUAUAUUGUAUAAUAGUAAAAUGUAUAUUUUAAAGCUUCAAGUGGCUUUCCUCAAGCAAAACUCGUUGCUACUUAAGAAUAUUCGAAUACUAGCUUUAUCUCAGGUAAACACUCUUGUACCCUUUUUGUUCAGAACACUUGCUAAUAUAAAUGUGUCUUAGUUCUAUCAGUUCAUGUGCUUCAUUUAGGCAGCUUCUCUGUCUUAAACUUACUCUAAAUUAACCUUCUACUGUGGGACGAUAUUGACACUUGCUUCACCUAUUUUAUUCAUAUUGAAUGUAUUAACAGAUAAGGUGCAAAAACACUCUUCCCUUGAGGAGAAUGUAGCCAUAUUCAAACAGCUGAAAUAGUUCUUGAAAAAUGCUUUAAAUGCCACACUGCAUUGGAAAUCAUUUGUUUCAAAUUUUGUCAAGGAAAGAAGUUGUAAUUUAACACUAAUUGCUUCAAUACCAUCUCUUUUGUGAGGAUGAUAGCCACAUAAAGCUUCUGUAUAGGGUCUAAAGAGUAACUUUAUCUUAGAUAAAGGUUAAGCUUUACAGUGAGAUGGUAAAACAUACUGCAGUUAUCUCAGAUAGAUGCUGAUGUUGCUUGCAUACAUUUGUUACAUAUUAAAUAUUUCCAGUAACCUGAUCUUGAAUAAAUAAAGCUUGGUCCAUAGCUGUGUGUUUUACUCUCGUAUGCAUUCUGCAGAAUGACUUGCAUCCAUGAGUCUUUUAGGUAUUCUCCAGUAGAAACCUUUUUGUCUGCCACCAAUGCUUGCUUUUCGCACUUAAUGUUUGGAGCAAGCCAGUUUUAGAUUAUUUUAAAUGAAAGCUGACGUGAGUAAGCUUGUUGUUUGCCAUUUAGGUUAUGUUCUGCUAAAAUAGUAGGAAUGCUUACUCACUUGAAUGUACUUGUAUGAGGGAAGUUUAAAAUGGCUCUGUAGGAUGAAUCCCUGUGUGGUGUUACAGUAUACUUUAAGUAAGCCAAAUCUACAUCUCUUAAGAAGUCAGCACUUACAUUAUAGUAUUAAUUUUUCAAGAAGAUGGUUCUAUUGAGCUGCUUUCACUUAAGGUAUCUGUUUCCUUACUUUGGAUAAGCAACAAAAUUGAGAAGGCUGGGGUGGUUUUUUGCAAGGACAGCGACUAGGAAAAAAAAGAUAGAUAUAAUCGCAUUCAUUUGGCUGUUGAAAUCAGUGCUGAAAUCUUUUUUCAUGUUGUAUAUUGUCUGACAUACUAACACUAGACACUUCUAAAAUCUUUGAGUGCAGUAUCCAAGAUAGUUAAAAGUGAAAGAUAACUGGAUCUUUCUGCUGACAACUUAGGUUGUAUGAGUUUUGCCUGAAAGCUUUAAAUCUGAUGUUUCUGUAUCUGCUACAAUGUUGGAGUGUUUCCUUCAAACAUAUCCUCCUGCAACCUUUCAAACUGUACUAAAUUGAGUGACAUUUCUUGAAGUCUGCCUAUGUGCUAACAGAACUUCAUUUUAAAUAGAAUAUGGUUUUAAUUUUUGAUAAGCUGCUGAAUUUUAAAGAGUUUUUGGGGCCACCAAAUAUUUUGGAUCAUGCAGAGAAUAUAUAUUGUACUGUAGUAAUUUUGUAUUUACAUUUGUAUGAUGUGACAUAAUAGUUGUGAAUGUUAAUCACUGCUUGACUCUGUUAAUAAAGUUGUUUAAAUAUA